AAAUAUAAUAAGAAAUACACUCUUUUCAAGUCUUGUCUUAUGGUUGGAGUAGUAGUGAAUGUAUGAGCACACAAUGGUGGCCUUCCUAUAUACUGUAAACUUAAAUUUUUAUCAACCCAAUGUAUUAAUACAUCUAUGAAUGGAAGUUUAGAGACCUUCUCUUUCUUCACAGUGAAUUUAAUAGACGGGGCUAAAGUGUUAAAUCUUGGUAAAAUUGUAUCCAGGGUCAUAUCAUCUGGACAAAGACACAAAAUAUCAUCCACAUAUCUGAACCAUUCAGCUGUAAAGGACAGAAUAUCUUUCAACAACCUAACCUCGAAAACUUCCAUAUACACUGCAUGCAGCCAGCAGUAACAGCCUGGUUAAUCAGGCCCUGAUCCACCAUAAGGCCUGGUCACAGACCUGGCCAUGGGGGCGUUGACCCCCGGUACUCUCUCCAGGUAAACUCCAGGUAAUCAGAUUGCUCAGUAGGAAACACAACAGAUUAUCCAAAGUCAUUCCCUGCCCUUAAGCAUAAUAUUUCCUUUCAAACUCAAACUUGCAGUCAACUACACACAACUUAGUUCAUUAAUGGUAUUUUUAUCAAAAGGUACACAGAACUCGUCUAAUUCUUCUUCCAAAUAGGAUAGCAAGUCAGGGACAGGGACUCUCGUCAACAAUGCGGUGACAUCAAAACUUACUAGUACAAAAUCAUUAGACAUGUUGAUAUUUUGCAAUUUGUCAAUUAGAUCUACAUUGUUUUUAUGUGUGCUUCAGAAAUGUUGCCAAGCUAUUAAGUUAAUAUUUUUACCAGCCAUUUUGACAAGGCAAUGUGUCCCGUUAAUGGGCCCGUUUUCUCGAUUGCAGAACUCCUAAGAUAAUCGUCAGUGAUAUCUACAAUCACUGGCAGUAUAAUAAGUACGUAAUAUUAUUUAUAUCAUAAUGUAGUCUGACUGAAUUUUUAAUAACUGCCAAGUCACGUUCGUUAUGCUACUAUUGCAAUAUUAAUGUUUGUGGGCUGGCUGUUUUUCUUAUGCUAUAAUAUAUCUGAAAUACGAAUGGACGCACUAGUCAAUCAAAUUGCAAAUAUCGAACUUAAGCUGAAGGAAUCUUACAGGAAAUUGAAAAAAAAAUACUUCUUCUCUUAUGCCAAAUCUAAGGUAAAAACAAUAUCCAGUAUUGGGCCGAUGCUGAGGCGCGAUGGGACAUACACAGAUGAACAGCCAAGAAAUGAGUGAGAUACUGAAGACCCAAUAUGACUCAGUGUUCAGGGAGCCACUGCCCAGACUAAGUGUAGACAGCCUGUACUGUCAGAACACACAGCCUAGCCGUCUGUUCUGACUAGUUCAUAUUUUGCAGCAUUUAAGUGCUGCCCUCUAUAGGCUCACCCAGGUCAGUGGGAGGCUGAGCCCAUUCGGUCUCACUCCUAGGCCGACCGACCUGAUAGGCACAAGUGCUCCCCCUCCACAGACUGGCUUGCGGUCACUCCCUCACACUGCCCAUUGUGUACUCACUCCUAUCCAAUUAAAGCCAAACUAGUCCACGGCCAUAUCAUUGCUACCUACGCUACCUUCACCGGCACUAAACUGCUGUUCAGCAGCAAGAACAUUAAUAACAGUGGUGAUAGUGGAGUCAACGGCAUUGUGAGCCUACUCGGGGUGGAGGGGUCGACGCCUGUCAACACCAUCGGUCGAUGCCAGUCAACAUCAUCCGAUCGUCAUCCAAUGCACCUGCUGGCCUAAAGAGUUAUCUGUUACUCCCAGCGUCUUGACAGGGCAUGAGAUAGAUCUUCGUCCUAGAUUUUUCCCACAAAAUCUGGACAUAGGUGUCACGGCGUCAUCUUCAGCCUUAGCAGUCACGUAUUCAUGUCAUCACCCUCUCUACAGCCCUUCAACACUCUCCAGCACCAUUCUCCUGCCUCCUACAGCAUCCCUACGCCCUUCUCAGCUACAAGAGUGGUGAUGUUUUGGUAAACUGUGAGAGACUCAACUUGGCAUGAACUUCGCAGAAGCAAUAAGUUUUAAAUCAAUUAUAAUACAUGCAGAAGAAUCAGCAGCAUCAUUCACAACUUUAUCUGCAGACGUGUGAAAGAAUCAGCAACAGUUUCUGCAGAAAUUAUUAGCAGCAUUAUUUUCAGGAACAACAAAACAUCCACCACCGUGAGCCUCAUUAUUUACAGAAGCAACUGGAGUUCCAUCAAUGGCAGAAUUAUAUCAGAAGUUUUCCUUGUAAACCACAAUGGCUUUAAUAUCUAAAGGGGAAAAUAACAGCUUCAGGCUUACUCGAGCUGUGACUGUGUGUGGCAGGCAAGUCCUGUAUAGAGUAUUCUGCUGGGGAACCCCGGAUAAACCUCCUGAUAUAAAGCUGGAUGAUUACUUAAAUAAAUUGCCUCCAACAUCUUCAGCAAACUACUUAAGACACAAAAGCAACUUCAGGUUUAGCAAAACUGAUAAGAAUUUAAUUAGUAAUAGCCCAGAUGGAACAGGGUUUAGUGUGCAUUUGCUUUAUUUAAGCAUCAGGCUAGCCUGUGAGAAUGUAGCUCCUCUCCAUGAUCCAAAAUGGUUCUCUCCAAGUACAAAAAUGGAGUACUUCGUCACUGCUGUAAAGAACAUGAGGAACGACGUUAUUCAUAGCCAACGUCCAGUUCCUGAUGAAGAGUAUUUUCUCACUAUGAUGAAGCUUCGGGAGGUGUUAACUGGGUGUCUUUUAUCAUCUGGAGAGCGGUAUUGGCGGGACAAGGAAGAAGUUAAGAGCGAAAUACAACAGAUGAAUAACAACCUGGACUACAUCAUGAGUGAGAUUCUCGGAGAGGAAGACAUAAUAAUGUAUACUAGUGAUAAUAUUAAAGAGAUUAUCAUUAAUGACAGUUGUAAUGAACUAAAGAGGGUCUUUCAAAACAUGACUUUUAUCAACCCGGUGUCUUUUCUCGGAAUUGACCUUCCACUUAGAGUAGACAAUAAUUUUAUCAAUAUCGAAGUCAAACUAGGAAAUCGGAGAGGUGAAGGUGAACAUAUAGAUUAUCAAGAUCUCUUCGAACUUCUUCAGACCACAUCUGUGUCAUUACCUGCACGACCUAAAAUACUGCUACUUGAAGGUUUGGCAGAGAGUGGAAAGACUACUCUAAUGAAGCUAAUAACAGGGAAAUGGGCAGAUGGCAGUCAAGGACAAAUUAAAGGUUUAGACAAUUACCAACUCUUGUUGUGGGUAGAGUGCAGAGACUCUACCAUGGACUCUUACCAGCAUCUCCAACACCGCCUAUUACCAAAUAUUUCAUUAAAUUUCGGAAAUGCUCUGUCGAAAAUAAUAAAGCUUUGUAAGGUCCUAAUACUCAUUGAUGGACUGGACGAACUUAAUGACAGUUCUACAGCAUUAGUUAAAGGUCUUUUACAUGAAUUCCAGAACUCUCCUUACAUAACUUUUAUAUGCACCUCAAGACCUGAAAAGGUUGAAAUGUUCAGGUUGAUGAUCCCUGAAGAAUAUGAAGUAACAUAUGCUGAAUUACUUGGCAUAAAAAAAGAAUAUUUGAAGGAGUUUGUGAUCCGGACUCACCGAGAAAUAACUCGCUACACUAAUACUAACAGAAGCACUGAAAAACUGUUAAACAAGCUGAAGUCAUUUGAAGGUCUUCAUGAACACUUAAGAUUGCCAAGUAAUUUAACACUUUUUGUUUACCUCUGGGACCAACCUUCAGACGAGAUAAACACAAUGACCAUCACUGAAACAGAAAUCUACCAUGAAAUACAUCUUCUAUGUCAACGAAAGUUAUUAAAAAGAUUGAUGAACAAAGAUAGGAAUGAAAUUCACUUAAUGGACAAGAUUCAAGAAAUAUUAAGGACAUUAUAUAUAAUAUCACUUGAUAGCCUUUCACGUCAACAACUUAUUCUUGAUGAAGCAGCAGUAGAUCGACUGAUAUCUACUUGUGAUGCAUAUGAUAUACCUUACGAUGAGAUUCUUUCAUCAUUCCUGAAAUUGAAGCCAAAUUGGACUUGGCUAGGUAUCAAGGAGCAGUACUCAGUACCCCACCAGGGAAUACAAGACUACUUCAGUGCUCUUCAUAUUGUAAUAACACUCAAGGACUAUCUAAAGUCUUCUGCACUGCCUGUCAGCAUUAGGGAAGUGUUAAAACAGAGCGUCAGGGCAACUAGCAUAAAUAUGGCCAAGUACUACAAUGUUCUGGUUCAUGUGGCCGGGCUGCUUCACCUCUUACUUGAUCGGGUACCUAAAGCUAUCACGAAGGAAAUUGUCCAUCUUAUACGUGAGGCUAACAGGAAUCUGUCUGAUAAGUGUAACGUGGACCAGUGGUUGCGCCUCAUUGAGAACACCAAAUGCAAUAAUGAUAUUACCAGGGAAAUCGCUCAAUUCAUCAAUACUGAUAAACCGAUAUGUAUAAGAGAAAAUCAGGUGUUGUGCUGCAAAGUUCUUUUUCCACACCUCAGACCAUCCGAGGUGUACAUUGACAUCGCCAGUGAACCUGAUAAAGUGUCUGAUCUGCUUGACCUGCUGAAGAUUCUCACCAACUGCAAUCAUCAAUGCAUAGGACUGGCCCUACACCACCACUACCUUCAUGACGAUGCAACCACCACGUCCGACGAGAUCCUACAACAUGUGCAGCCUCAGGAUUACCUGAUUUCGUUUCGUGGUCAUCUGAGUGACGUGCCAAAGCUGCCUCCAAAUCUAAUGAUGCUGUACUUAGCUGUAGUGAGUGAUGACCACGCUCGCCGCCUCCUGCCUCAGCUACACACUGUGGUACCCGGACUACACUACCUUGAUGACUUAGCGGUGAGAGUACCAGCAGAAGUAUCCCCGGGAGAGUUACAGCCUCUGCCAGUAACACACAAGUUUGUGGAGGUGAUCCUCAGCGAUGUGAGCGAUGAUGGCGUUAGUCAUGCAUGUGACGUGAUCCACAAGUUACAACCACCAGAAGGAUAUUUUAAAAUUACCUGUGAUCCCAGCACCCUGACAGAGUCAGGCAUCAGAGACAUGAUCCAUGGUCUAGCAAAGCGCAGUGUGAAGGUGGGGUCUGGACUGAUAGUAAACACCUGCGUCGCUCUCACACAAGACCAGGACAAAAAGUUGGACAGUCUGGCUGUGGAAAAGCUCUAUUGUUACUUUAAAAAGGCAGAAGAGCAGUUAGUGCAAUAGAUCAGCUAUGAUCAGCUGUUACUGAUGAAGGACCAGCUAGGAUAUAUGGUAUAUAAUAGAAAGGAUUA